AAACACAAGUUACCCUACAUGUCGCACUUGAGAGGUGAGUGGGUCCUUUGUUUGGGAGUAAGCUGCCUGAAACAAAUAAGCAGGCUGGGUGCUAAUCUCACAGAAUAUGCAAAGCUGCAGAGAGGUUGGAUAAAGACAAGGAGCGGUUUCAGCUGGGUCCUUAGAGGAAGUUACACACACUGGACCAUAACAAGUGUACAUGACAGGAAAGCUAUUAUGAGGCGACUGCCGGUGAGAGCAGUAUAACAUGGCUCAAUAGCAGCAGGGAAGAGGCGGACAGAUGGAGGACUGUCCAUGAUUCCACCCGGAAAAACACGCUGGAUUGAGCAAGUGACGCGAAUAAAUCCAUCGAAAUAUCCGUAAAAGUUCGACAAUAUAGAAGAAAGAUUAAACAUACCGGAAGAGUCAACUUUUUGGGGGUUUUCCUCACUGGGAGUAAAUCUACUCGAGUCACCUGUUGGAGCGGUCACAAGUCCAGAAAAACUGCAGUGAAGCCAUGGAUACAACCGGCCCUCCAAAAGGCUGUGGCACCAAUAUCGGCUUUAUAUUCUACAACCUUUGUGACCUGACCACAGUGUGGGGGGUAGUUGUGGAGGCCCUAGCUGCUGCUGGAGUUGUGACCUCCUUUGUACUCUUCAUCAUCCUCAUGUCCAGCUUACCAUUUGUGACAAACAAGAAGAGGAAGGCAAUGGUGGCCCUGCAAGGAGGCAUUCUGGUCUGUACCUUGGGACUCUUUGGACUCACUUUUGCCUUCAUUGUGGGUCGAUACUCCGCCGGCUGUGCUGCACGGAGGUUUCUCUUCGGAGUUUUGUUCUCAGGCUGUCUGUCCUGCCUGAUGAUGCACGGAUUGUGGCUGGCUCUGCUGCAGAGAGGCCGGGGGCCCAAAUGCUGGAUGUUCUGCCUGGGCGCGCUCGGUCUGUGGCUGGUGGAAGUGAUCAUCAACACUGAGUGGCUUAUCACCACUGUAGUCAGGAGUCCAGCUGGAGUUGAAGCUGUCCCUGAGCUGUCCUGCAGCUUUGCUAACCUGGACUUUGUGAUGGCUCUGAUCUAUGUCAUGGUCCUUCUGGUCGCUGUGGUGGUGAUGCCGGUGUUCACACUGAUACACCAGCAGAAGCAGUGGCGUCGAGAUGGAGCUUUCAUCCUGGUCACUGGGCUCUUCACCCUAGCCAUCUGGGUGACUUGGAUUGUCAUGUUCCUCUAUGGAAAUCAAGCAGUUGGAAGUCCCAGCUGGGAUGAUCCGACUAUGGCUGUAGCUUUGGUGUCAAAUGCCUGGGUGUUCCUCUUCUUCUAUACCAUCCCAGAAAUCAGCUUACUGACCAAGGAGGACUUCGACCAGGAGCCACUAGACGAUGGAGAUCAUGUUUAUCCCACCAGGAGCUUGGUUUAUGACAACAUCCUGAAGGAUCCAGAAACACGCCCACACAACAUGUACAUAGAAAAUAAAGCCUUCUCUAUGGAUGAGCCUACAGUCUCCAUAAGGCCAGAGUCCCCAUACGGUUCUUACAAUGGUCAGCUGCGAAGUUGUGUGUACCAGCCUACCGAAAUAGCACUGAUGGCCAAGGGUCUAACAAGGAUGGACCAAGAGGUGAUCAUCCCAAGAGCCAGAGCCCCGUCUUUGAAUCCUGGGAGUGUCAGCUCCCUGGCUCGUUCACACAUGUCCUUACCUUCUUAAGGACUGUCACAUGCAGGCAGUGUUUCAAGAGUUACAAACACUUAAAGCCAUGAGAUUAAGCUCCACCAGGGUUUUGUUGUACCCUCAGAGUUCCUAGUAUGUUUGUGUACAUAGCCUUAAUUAUUCUCACAUGGAAAUUUCUACUCUCCCAAACAACGUUUCCUUCCUUCAGUCGACUAUAAACCAGCUUUGCUCACUUGUAGAAUCAGCUUUAUUCGCCAAGUAUGCUUGAACACACAAGGAAUUUGACUUUUGUAGCUUCACUCAUUGGGUUUUAAGAAAGGACAGCAAAUCUAGAGAAAGAACUUCAUGUAUGUAUCGCUAUGGUAAAGAAAUUACUCCACUUUCUGGCUUGGUGAAAGACCUAGAACUGUUGUAUCUUGGCCUUUCAUGUGCCUACAAAAUCAAAUCACUGGUUGAAACAAUUAAUAAAAUCUAUUGGUGGAAACUUACCGUCUUUAUGUGAGACUAGUGGACAUGGGUUUGGCACAGAAUUUUUAAUUUGACUGUUUCAUCGUUGUUUAUUUUGGGUUUGUUUUGAACAAGUGUUGAAAGAUGUCAUCAGUUCUUAGAAAGAUAAUUUGUCAGCUGAUUUAAAUGUUUUAAUUUGUUUGCAGGAAAGCAUACUGUUAAAUCACUCUGCCAUUUAGACUUCCACUGAAAGCCGUACAAGUCUGUAGUGUGUGGGAUUUAUAGAAAUGUAAUUUUAUGUUAAGUUGUAAAAUUCUAAGUUAUUAAACCUGUAAAGGGUCCUGAAAUGUGAGGCUAUUAGAUCUUCAGGUUGCAACAGGAAAGGCCGAUAAGGGGUAAUGAGAGAAACAGUGUCACAGGUAUUGUUGGCUGCCCAGGGGGGAUUUGCAUAUUGGUGGAUAGUCUUUAACAGUAAACAUACUGUUGUGUACAGGGUUUCAGUAUGGAAGAAAGCACAGCACAUCAUCAGGUGGCUAUGAGAGGGAUGUAAAACUAACCCUGUUGAAUAUUACAGACAUUGAAAGAAUUUUAAAUCGAUUCCAAACUUUCCAAAAGACUGACAAUAUUGGUGAAGUGGAGAAUGCGCCUGCUGCUGCUUUGAUUUAUGAAGAAGAGUUCUUCCUUUCCUCCACAGGAACAAUUAUUCACAAAUAAUUUGUCACACACACAUGCUCACACUUUCAGAGCUUCUGAGUGAGCUGCGGCUGCCUAGCAGCAGGCUGAGUAGGCUCUCUCAAUCACUCCCACCAUCCUGUACUGUCAGCAGCCAGGGGAGGAAAUUGCUCACAAACUGGAAAUCAGACUGAUUAGAAAUGUACAACAGAACAUGUGUGAAA